AUGUUUAGUUGUGUGUAUGGGCUUCGAGGAAGUCAGCGCCAUAUAGAUCACACGACAGACACUUCUACUUCAUUGUCUAUCGUGUGGUCUAUAUGGAUAGGAGCAGGAACGUAUUUACUGCACUUUUCACACAAGUCUUCCAAUUUAUUCCCCCUUUGCCUUUUUAAUAUACCGUCCUUGUGUGGUGACUCCAGCGCAGUAAGCAUGCGUCGGAUGCUGCUAGCUGCAGCCGGCUCGAUACGGUGGUGGAAUAUUGCACGGCACCACCAGCAACUCACCGCCUUGCGACUCGUUGGAUCGUUUCCCUUCAAUUCCACAAUUCAACGCUUGAAGGAUGUGCGGCGCGGUGACCGUGGAGAGUCUCGACGGCUUACGUUCGAGGAACGAUCGGAGCGACGGUCGGGAAAGUCACGGGAGCAAAAGGCGGAAAAGGAGAACUUACUGCAAGAAGCUGAGACAGUCGUCAGCGAAGACGUGCCGGAGGAAUUGGAGCAAGUUUUUCAACACCACUUUGAGCGGGCGAACGUGAGCGCCAUGAAGGUGUUGAAUAUGGCAAAAUGUUUGGAACAGUUGGAUGUGGAUGUGGGCGGGGGGCGCAAAGUGCUUCUCACUAAAGUGGCCCAGGUUUUGAAGACGGGCGCCGCUACAAUGGAAGUAGUGCCACAAAAUGUAAGCUUUGCCUCGCCUAUUUUACAGAGAGUUACACGGUUUGACGGGACCCUGCAGGUCUCCAAGGAGCAACAGAAGAUAAAAAUCACAAUGCCACCUAUAACGACAGCACGGCGACAGAAAGCGGUGGAAGAAAUACAACUUGUCGUGUCGUCUUUCAAAAACAAAGUAAAGCAGGUCCGCACACAAGCGUCGAGAGCUCUUCAGGAAUCAGGAAUCGAUGAGACCGCAUCACGCGAACUCCACCAGCAGUUGGAUGAAUGUGUUCAUAGUUUCGUCGAGGACAAGGUGACAGAAUUAGAGCAACUUUCCUCCGAUGUAACAUCUAUGGGUGCCGACGAAUCAGACGUUGUAGCAUAG